AUGGAUGUGAACUACUCCACAGUUCUGGACAGCAGUGUAUCGCAGCGUGAUUCGUCCAAGCGAGUUUUGACCGGUUGUUUCCUCUCGUUGCUCAUCCUUACCACCCUGCUGGGCAACACGCUGGUAUGCGCAGCAGUCACAAAAUUUCGCCACCUCCGCUCCAAAGUCACCAACUUUUUUGUUAUAUCGCUGGCUAUCUCAGACCUGCUGGUGGCCAUUUUGGUGAUGCCAUGGAAAGCGGCGACCGAGAUAGUUGGCUACUGGCCGUUCGGCGCCUUCUGCAACAUCUGGGUGGCCUUUGACAUCAUGUGUUCCACCGCCUCCAUCUUGAACCUCUGCGUCAUCAGCGUGGACCGCUACUGGGCCAUCUCUAGCCCGUUCCGCUACGAGCGCAAAAUGACACCAAGGGUGGCGUUCAUCAUGAUUAGCUUGGCGUGGACGCUGUCCAUUCUUAUCUCCUUCAUUCCCGUGCAGCUAAACUGGCACAAAGCACAGGCGACCAGCUACACGGAGCUGAACGGAACCUUCGGUGAGCUUCCCCCGGACAACUGCGACUCCAGCCUUAAUCGGACGUACGCCAUUUCUUCUUCGCUCAUCAGUUUUUACAUCCCCGUGGCCAUUAUGUUGGUCACAUACACCCGAAUCUACCGCAUCGCCCAGAAGCAGAUACGCCGGAUCUCCGCCCUGGAGCGGGCGGCGGAGAGUGCCAAGAACCGCCACAGCAGCAUGGGAAACAACGCAAGUAUGGAGUCUGAAAGUUCCUUUAAGAUGUCCUUCAAGCGUGAAACCAAAGUUCUCAAAACCCUGUCGGUCAUCAUGGGGGUGUUUGUGUGCUGCUGGUUGCCCUUCUUUAUAUUGAACUGCAUGGUUCCAUUCUGCAACCCCAACGAGAGCGGAGACUUUCCGUGCAUCAGUUCCACCACCUUCGACGUCUUCGUCUGGUUCGGUUGGGCCAACUCCUCGCUCAACCCUAUCAUCUAUGCCUUCAACGCUGACUUCCGAAAAGCGUUUUCCAUCCUGCUGGGCUGCCACAGACUCUGCCCUGGGAGUAACGCUAUAGAGAUUGUGAGUAUUAACAACAAUGGGGCGUCUCAGUCUGCUUCUCACUAUCAGCCUAAGAGCCACAUCCCUAAAGAGAGCAGCAACAGCAACUUUGUCAUCCCACAUAGUAUAAUUUGCCAGGAAGAGGAGACCCAAAAAAGAGAAGAUGACUCUGGGAUAAAGACCUUUGAGAAACUGUCUCCAUCCCUGUCGGCCAACAUGGAUAGCGACGCUGAUGUUUCCCUGGAAAAGAUCAACCCCAUAACCCAAAACGGGCAGCACAAAUCCGUGCCAUGAUGAGUAUGUCUGGUAACACAUAACAGCUGCAAAGAAUUGCUUGGUGUUUGUGUCCCAAAAAACAGCUUCACAGAGAACCUUAAAAACAUUUUUUGGACUAACUAAAUGAAACUUGUGGAAAACAAAAGAAUGUUCCAAUUGAAGGCACUUUAUGCUGGAUAACUAUCUGCAAAAUUUUGGCAGCGUUCAUUAUUGACGUUAACAGGUCAGUCGUCACAAGACAUGAACAGAAAGUAAUGUGAACAAACCAUGUGAGUUUAUGUAUACAUGUUAUGCAUUUAAAUCUGUAUACAUGUACACGACUCUCCGGUGAAGCUGUUAAUACAAAUAGAGUUAGUAGUUCAAUAGUAAAUAUCUUGUAGUUGAGCGCUUACAGCUCACGAAUAGAGGUAUUUGGUUGCCUCUACUGUCGACAAUACAAUGUACAUAGUAUUGUUUAUAUUUUUCACCGUUUAUCAGAGUUGGCUAAGUCAACAGCUCCUUACGCUGCUAGUUGUGAUCAUUGUAUUCAAGCAAACAGAUAUACGUGCAAACCACCCCAUAAUGUGACAAAGAGCCUGUUUCAGUCUUCUAUGUGCUUUGGUGUGAUGUUGCAGAAACAGGAAUGGCUGUUCCGCCCUGUGAUUUAUCAGCUGGAGAAGUGGCCAUGAUAUUUGGAUGUACUUUUUCACAUUUUUUGUGUCAGAAACCGCUUCCAUCCCCAACCCUCUCCCUUGUCACCGUGCAAGACAGCACAGGGUUAGAUAUAAUCCCAGCGGUAAUCUUCUCGGUCAUUACCGACACUUCUAUUGUCAUUACUUUCCCAUCUCAAGCGCUUCGAAGUGUAAAAGGAGCCGUGCGUAAGAGGCCUGUCAAUGUAUUAGCAUCCAUCACAUGGUUUAGUUUAACUGUAGGCUUUCGUCUUUGAAAGAUGCCUGAUGUGGAUUAGUAGCUAUUUCAGCCUCUCAUUAAUUCCAUCCGCUACAAAUGUACAAAAGUUGUUCCGGGCACCAUGAUUGCCUUUAAAAAAGAAAAAAAAGAAAGAAGCAGACGUCUUAUUCUCGCCAACUCUAUGUGAAUGAACUGUGAUCUUGAACAGCGUGAAUUAGCAUUAGUGUAUAACAUAAAAAAUGUUGUUAUUGUAUCUUAUGCAACGCAUCGGCCCAACCACCCAGGAAGCAAUCAACAUAUUGUGACCAUUCUGAAAACAGUCAACACCGUAGGACGCCCUCCGUAUUACUUCCAAGCUUCAAAGCAUAUCUAGUGUGAAAACAAGUGCAGAGUUCCGUAUCUGAGCUGUUAUGCCAGCUGUCGGAUGGGAGAUUAGGAACAUAUGUUGCAUCCUUAGAUACAUUGACUCUUAGUAUGCAUUGAAACAAUUGAACCAAUUUAUCUCAGCUGUUUUUUCGUCCAAGCAAAUUCUGUGAUGUACGCACCGCCGUCCUACUUUUAAUAAUUUGUUGAGCUGUUUUGUAAGGUUAUGCAACUGCCCUUGAUCUAAGUUAAUUCCAGGGCCAGCGCUUCCCACGAACAUCAGGAUUUGACACACAUGGGCUUGUUCUCAGAGUGCAUUUUAAAAGAAAUCGCAAGCGAAUUGCAAACCAACAUGAUUACUGUAAAUCUAUGACGAUAGUUUUCCACUUUUGCGGCUGAUGUCGGAAAUCAAAUAGGCACACGCUGAUACUUAUAAGUGAUGCCAAAACGCAGAAGUGUCCCCGAUUAGCAAUCUUCUCCAGCUCUCUUUCCUGCCCUCUCCAAACGCUUUGUUCACUGAAAUCUCAACAGAAUGAACUUUGACUGUUCAAUCUAUACAAAUUGAGGUUUUAAACCUAAACGAGACAGAUAAAUAGAAACUUAAAUAAACAUACUUUUCUAAAAUUGGUCAUUUAUCCGCUCCAGGGAUUUUUCCAAGAGUCAAUGUUUAUUCUAUCUGCUUGCCAACAACCCCCUCUUCACAAUGCUGCUAUGGAAAUAUUUAGCUUCAGAACGUUUGGUAAUUUUGGCUUUUGAAACGACAGAUAAUCUAUUCCCUCCAAUGGAGCCAUUAGCAUUAAAAACGUGCCACCGUGACCUUCGGAAAACUCCCGGGUGUUUUUUUUUUCUUGAACAACAUAUGCUAAGGUAUUCCCAGUAACACUCGGCGAACCUCGUGUUGUCCUUUAAUUAGAUGCGAAUAAAAAAGCACGGAGCCAAGUUCUCAUUUUCUUUCUUACCAAAGAUUGCAGGUCUUUUGAAUUAGCAGGUGUUGUUUUAUACGGUUACGGACCAGAAACCAGUGAUUUCAGCUAGGUUGUUGUCAGUUCCUUGAUGAAAAUGACAACCGGUCUCAAUUGCAACUGCGUACAGUUCUGUGCGGGGAGUAGAUUUUCUUUUUCUAUGUCUUGCUUGACGGUGCCAGUACAAGGCCCUUCAUCAGCUACGUUGGACCACAAUUUUUUAGGGGUUGUUUUGCACUCUGUCGUCAGAUACUCGACCAAGAAGCGCAUUGUAACAUAAACAGGAGAAAACAUAAGCUGUGUUGUAAGAUGUUAUAAUAAAGAUGUGAACACAAGUGCUUUAUAUCUUGAAGUCCUUAAUGUGAGUAGAGAAUACAAAUGUAUGUGUUGUUCUCAUGUGGGUUUGUCAUGCAGUAUAGGCGCCGUACUUUUACCGUACAGUUAUCGUAAUUUUUCCCUGUAAAACAUGUUCCUGCAUUAAUAAACUUAAGUUGGUCCUGGAAUUAUAUUUUUGUCAUACAAACAUAACCAGAACGCCAGAUCUGCUUGACAGGGAUGUUGUU